UGUAAAGUGUUACUAAACCCACAACAGUACAAUCAGUCUGUAUUAAACCCCCGGACCCUGCAUUCACUAUAUCUGGUCUCCCCGAUCCUGCAUUCACCAUAUCUGGUCUCCCAGGACCCAGCAUUCACUAUAUCUGGUCUCCCAGUACCAAGCAUUCACUAUAUCUGGUCUCCCAGGACCCUGCAUUCACUAUAUCUGGUCUCCCUGGACCCAGCAUUCACAAUAUCUGGUCUCCCCGGACCCUGCAUUCACUAUAUCUGGUCUCCCCGGACCCUGCAUUCACUAUAUCUGGUC